AUGGAGUACAGGAAGCUCAAAGAUCAGGAUCAAGAUGGAGCUUCAGCUCCUGAAGACGUCGAGAGUUUAAGGGGAAAGCCUAUUUCUGCUGUGGGUCCAGUUGAGCGGACCAAGUGGAAGCGCAAGUCAAUUGUUACUCUGGCUUUGACUUUCCUUACGAGUUCACAAGCUAUAUUGAUUGUGUGGUCGAAGAGGGCUGGGAAAUAUGAGUAUAGUGUUACCACUGCAAAUUUCUCGGUGGAGGCUUUGAAGUGUGCCUUGUCACUAGCUGCUUUGGCACGAAUCUGGAGCAAUGAAGGUGUUACUGAGGAUAACAGGUUGAGUACAACACUGGAUGAAGUUGGUGUAUACCCCAUUCCGGCAUUGCUUUACCUAGUCAAGAAUCUGCUUCAGUAUUAUAUCUUCGCAUAUGUGGAUGCUCCGGGUUAUCAAAUACUGAAGAACCUGAACAUUAUCAGUACGGGUGUUUUAUACAGAAUCAUACUAAAGAGAAAGUUAAGUGAGAUUCAAUGGGCUGCUUUCAUUAUACUAUGUGCAGGGUGCACUACCGCACAACUGAACCCAAAAUCUGAUAGUGUUCUCCAAACUCCAUUACAAGGUUGGGUGAUGGCCAUUGUAAUGGCACUUUUAAGUGGUUUUGCUGGAGUAUACACCGAGGCCAUUAUCAAAAAGCGCCCUUCAAGGAAUAUAAAUGUGCAGAACUUCUGGUUGUACGUCUUUGGAAUGGCCUUCAAUGCUGUUGCUAUAGUGGUUCAAGAUUUUGAUGCAGUGAUGAACAAGGGAUUCUUCCAUGGAUACUCAUUUAUUACAGUUCUAAUGAUUCUCAACCAUGCACUCAGUGGCAUUGCUGUGUCUAUGGUUAUGAAGUAUGCUGAUAAUAUUGUGAAGGUAUAUUCUACAUCGGUAGCAAUGCUUCUUACAGCAGUUGUGUCUGUGUUUCUAUUUGGCUUUCAUCUAUCCCUUGCCUUUUUCCUUGGCUCAACCGUUGUCUCGGUUGCGGUUUAUCUGCAUUCAAUUGGGAAGGUUCUAAUUUCUGAUAGUUGCUUCAAGUCUUUUUCUACAUGGAAUGUUGAUGGAGGAAAGGAGCAUCCGUCGGAUAUUGCAGAGGAUAGAGAUACAAAACAAAUUGCAAUCAUGCAGCUCACGUCAGAGCAACAAACUGAUUUAACCAUGAGGAUAGGAGGAAAUUAUUGA